GCCUUUAAAUUAUGGCGUCUGCUCAUCCGAGAGACGAGCUGACCUGCUCCAUCUGCCUUGAAAUAUACACACAUCCAGUAAACCUGACAUGUGGACAUACCUACUGCCAGCACUGUAUUGACUGUGUGCUGGAUACACAGGAGGAAAGUGGCGUUUAUAGCUGUCCUGAAUGCAGGGUUAUGUUUCAUGAGCGUCCUGCACUGCAGAGGAACAUUGCUCUGUGUAACAUAGUGGAGCAUUUCCGGCCUGCUCAACCAGAGAAGGAGGUGGUUGGAAUUUAUUGUACCUACUGUAUCCACACAGCUGUACCUGCUGUUAGAUCCUGUCUGAUGUGUGAGGCUUCUUUAUGUGCUGAUCACCUGAGAGUGCACAGUAAGUCAGCAGAACACGUCUUAUCUGAACCCACCACAGCUCUGGUGAUCAGAAAAUGCAUUGUCCACAAGAAGCUCUUAGAGUAUUACUGUACUGAGGAUACAGCCCUUAUCUGUGUGUCCUGCAGACUUGAUGGAAAACACAAGGGGCACCAGGUGGAGUUACUUAAUGAGACUUCGGAGAAGAAGAAAGAGACACUGAGGAAUGUUCUGGACAAACUGAUCUCAAAGAGAGAAGAGAUUGAGUACAGAGUCCAAAGUCUGAAUGAUCACAGGAGAGAAGGACAAGAAAACGCACUCUCUGUGUCUGAUCUAAUUCAGGAGCUGGAAAUAAAGAAGGAUGAGCUGUCCAGGAAGAUGCGUCACAUUGAGAAGCUGUGUAACGCAACUGAUCCAUUAACUGUAUUACUAGACCAGGAAUCUGACAGAAAUGACUUUGGUGAUAUAGAGGAGGAGAGUAAUAAGGACAGAGAGAGCCAUGAUAAACAACAGGUCCAUGAUGUAAGGGAUUGUGAAAAGGGGAUGAUUUUACAAACAUUGCACACUGGUUUUUCAGAUAAAAUGAGAGGUAGUGACUUACAGGAAGACAUAAAUAUAUUACUGGAUAUAAACACAGCUGCUAACAAUUUACUUGUAGCUUCUGAUAUGAAAACUGUACACUGUUCUGCAGCAUACCAAAAUCGCCCAGAAACAGAUGAGAGAUUCCAGUAUAACCAGGUCUUAAGCACCAGGAGUUUUUCCUCACAACAACAUUGCUGGGAAGUAGAGACCAGUGCAUCAGGAGACUGGAGACUAGGUGUGGCCUAUCCUAGUAUAGACAGGACAGGGAGCCAGUCAUAUAUUGGUGAUAAUCAGAAGUCCUGGUGUCUGCGCAGAUUGUACAACAACCAGUACUCAGUGAUACAUGAUAGUAAAGUCACUAUGUCACCUCACCGUUUUUCCUGUAAUAGAUUUAGAAUAUAUUUGGACUAUGAUGCUGGGAAUCUGUCCUUUUAUGAGUUGUGUGACCCAAUCAGGCACUUACACACCUUCACCGCCAUCUUCACUGAACCCUUAUUUGCUUCAUUUGGUAUAGGGUAUUUGAUGUGUGGUGAAAAUUGCUGGCUGAGAAUCACAGGCCAGAACACAUUUCCAUAAUGUAAAAACUGACAAAUAUAUAAUAACACAAGGGUGAUUCUGGUUGGUUGCAUGCUAAUAAAGCUAAUGAUAAUGUAUAAUAAGUGGUGCUAAGGUUGAGCAACUUCUAUGUCUUUUAAUUCAUUAAUUAAUCACUGUGAAUGUCUGCAUUUUCUGUCUAUGAAGAAAUCAGUGGCAGUCUCUAUUUAUGCAAGAGAAAAAGAAAAAAGAUUGGCUGCGCUUACAGUGUUGUUAGUAUACCAUAAUUGUGGAGAGCUGACAACCGAAAUAUAUGAAAUAUAUUUAUUAAAAUAAUAACACACCAAUAAAAACUGAUACACAAUAUAUGGAAAAAUUAUAAAAUUUGUAUAUACUCUGAAAAAAACGUAAAUAUAUUUGAUAAACAGUGUCCACAAAUUAGGGUGGUUAUAGCAAUAUAUGGAAUAUUAAAUCAGUGCAGAUAUAGAUUUGUAACACUGUUUAAGAAAUGUAUCAUUACUAUUGCAUGCUUGUUAAAAUUGUAUCGCUUCUGGAAUUUAUCUUAGUAACAAAUCUUGCUACAGGUGCAGAGGCAACAUGCACACUGUAGCUAAUAAACAUAGAAGU